GCAACACCUUUCCAUCUAAUGUGACCAGUGGAAGAUUACCAGUUACCAAUGCGACUAUGUUUACAGAUGUAUCUACUCUGGCGUUAAGUACGCCAGAUAUGGCAAGUCCUCUUUUUCCAAACGAAAGUACAAGCAGUAUAAAUACCAGAAUAUCAACAUCAAACCCAGUUUCUGGAUCAUUGAUGUCAUCUAUUCCAGGAGUGGUGAAUGUGUCUGAUAAUAUAAAUUCAUCAAUGGAAAGCACUACUGUGGCUUCUACACUCAAGGAGUACAACACAAAUGCUCCUAUAUCUUCAGCAGCUUAUACAAUAAUUGAAAGCCCCAACACUCUUCCUGAUGUGUUUUCUUCCAGCUUAUCAACGGACCAUGAAAAGAUGACAACUGUAUCAGAACUCUCAACUUCUGAAAAUGUAAUUAGAACAUCGCCAGAAAUUUCUCAGAACACACCUACAGUUUCAUCAGCCCCAUUUACCUCCACGUCUGGGAAUUUUGCAUCACUCGAUGUGUCUAGCAGAGUUUCUACCUCAGGACUGUCAUCUUUUGUGACAGCAUCUUCAACAGUAAGUUUAUAUGGCACCACUAGUAAUGAAGUCACUGGUUUACAUUUUACAGAGUCAGCCAAUAACUUUUCAGUGUCACCCACCACUACUGUGGCUCCUCAACUCUCAUCAUUGACCAGAAAUUUUGAAACAGGCACAAGCAAUUUUAUUACUAAUAUUGGAGAUACUACAAAUGUAACAUUUACUGCUGAGAAUGAAACAAAGCCUCCUGUUUCAGAUACUACAAUUACUGAAGCCAAUAUGUUUUCAUUUCAUUCAUCUGCUGUAACAUCUAACGUAAAUCCUUCUUCAGAAACACUUACUGUGCCAACAUAUGUGUCAUCCAAAUCGGCAAACACUGAUAUGGAUGUUAUCAGUACUGAAAUAAUUUGGUCGAACUCUACAGAAUCUCAAGUUCCAAGCACCCAGAGCAAUGUACAACCAUCAAGAGAAGUUUCAUCGUCUACAGAAAAUACCAAUAUGACCUAUGAUAGCCUAACAUCUACAGAAAUCCACUCAGUUACACCAGAGUCUACAAGGUUUACUGGAGAAUAUCCUAAUGGGUCUUCUGUAUCUUCCACUCCACUGCCUUCCAGAACUACUGAUGUCAGGCCUUUGAACAACACAACAGCUUCUAGUUCUCUUGUGACUAGUGCCAGAUAUGAAAAUUCAACAGAAAUGUCUCAAUCCCACACUAAUAGUACAUUACCACUUACACCCUUUUUAAAUUUUACAAGUAUAGUCACCAUGAAUGAGUCAACAACCUUUUCAGGAUUUGUUUCAACGGAAACUGCUGGCAUAAAUAAUCAAAGUGACUAUUCCAUGAGCACAGAAUCUGUAAAUUACUCAUCUUCUACUACGUCCCAGCAAUCCACAACAUUGUUAACAUCAUCAUCAGAUCUACAUAUAACUAAUACCACACCAACAGAACAAUAUGGAAAUUUCACUUCUUUUCUACCUUUAAAUUCUACAAGUUCAGUCAGUAUCAACAGCUCUAUCACUUUUUCAAGCUUUUAUACUACACAGAUUUCAAGUACAGAUAAUCAAACUGACAAUUCCGUGAGCACCUUUACCCCAUCAGAAUCCAUAAAUGUCUCCUCUUCUAGCACCCCCCAGCAAUCAACAACAUUUAUAACAUCACCAUCAGAGAAGAAUGGAACCAACACCACAUCUAUAGAACAGUCUGAAUUUACCACUUCUUUACCAUCGUCAGAUAUUACAAGUCCUUACACUAUGAGCAGCUCAAGCUUUUUUACAAAUCAAACUGCUGUUACCAGUAAUCAAACUGACUACUAUACAAGCACCUUUACCUCAUCAGAAUCCAUAAACAUCUCCUCUUCUAGCAUCCCCCAGCAAUCAACAACAUUUAUGACUUCAUCAUCAGAGAAGAAUGGAACCAACACCACAUCUAUGGAACAGUCUGAAUUUACCACUUCUUUACCAUCGAGUUCUUACACUAUGAGCAGCUCAAGCUUUUUUAUAAAUCAAACUACUGUUACCAAUAAUGAAACUAACUACUCCUCAAGCACCUUUACCUCAUCGGAAUCCAUAAACUUCUCCUCUUCUAGCACCCCCCAGCAAUCAACAACAUUUAUGACAUCAUCAUCAGAGAAGAAUGGAACCAACACCACAUCUAUAGAACAGUCUGAAUUUACCACUUCUUUACCAUCGGGUUCCUACACUAUGAGCAGCUCAAGCUUUUUUACAAAUCAAACUACUGUUACCAAUAAUGAAACUAACUACUCCACAAGCACCUUUACCUCAUCAGAAUCCGUAAACUUCUCCUCUCCUAGCACCACCCAACAAUCAACAUUUAUGACAUCAUCAUCAGAGAAGAAUGGAACCAACACCACAUCUACAGAACAGUCUGAAUUAACCACUUCUUUACCAUCGAGUUCUUACACUAUGAGCAGCUCAAGCUUUUUUACAAAUCAAACUACUGUUACCAAUAAUGAAACUAACUACUCCACAAGUACCUUUACCUCAUCAGAAUCCGUAAACUUCUCCUCUCCUAGCACCACCCAACAAUCAACAACAUUUAUGACAUCAUCAUCAGAGAAGAAUGGAACCAACACCACAUCUGUGGAACAGUCUGAAUUUACCACUUCUUUAAAAUUGUCAGAUAUUACAAGUCCUUACACUAUGAGCAGCACAAGCUUUUUUACAAACCAAACUGCUGCUACCAGUAAUCAAACUGACAACACUACAAGCACCUUUACUCCAUCAGAAUCUUUAAACUUUACUUCUUCCAGUACACAAUUACCAACUUUUAUGACAUCAUCAUCAGAAGUGAAUGGCACCAACAGUACCUCUCAGACAAAAACCAGUCACUAUUUCUCUACUGCCAGCUAUGGUAACUUGACAACAAAUUCAUCUGAGUCAACGUUCAUGUCAACAGAGGUUGCCAGAUCAUCUGUUACACAGUCUUUUACUAGCAUUGCAAAUAACCAGUCUGCAACUUCAGAAAUAUCAAACACAUUACAUAGUUUUUCCUCUACUGUCCCCCCAUUUUCUGCUUCUACUCAGAUUUCUUCAUUUAACACACAUUCCACUGAGCAUGCCUUCACAACAUCUUCCCAUACAUUGUCAACGACAUUAACUUCAACUAAUUUACCGACUGCAAAUUCUACCCAUUCUCUCAUUACAGAAGAAAAGACAACUUCAGCCCCAUCAUCCACUUUCACGUCCAAGUUAUCGGAAGGAACGUCUGCAAACAACAGGACAGUAGCACCAACUAUCAUGUCAUCUUUAACGACAAAGAGCACAGUUACACCCACUCCAUUCAUUUCAACUCGCACAACACUUGAAGUGAGCACGUCACAUACACUUUCCACCAGUACUAGAAGGCCUACUACCACUUUAACUAGCACAAAACACCCAACAAUUGUUUCGACCACAAACGUUGAUCAUAACACAGUAACAGCAAGUUCUAUGGAAGUAGCUACAUCAACAGAAUCUUCAAAGACAUCAUCCUCUCCAUCAAUAACAAAAACAGCCGCUUUGACGUCUAUGAUUACAGUACCACCGCAGACAACAAGAGGCACAGCUACUCCUCUUCAAAACAUAACAGAAAGCGUCAUUUCUACCACUGCAAUGCUUCAGGUGGAAUGUAAUAUAACUGAAAGACUCUGGGUGAAAACAGUUUUGUCUCUGAACAUUAGGAGGAGCCGAGCCAGUGAUGUGAUGAACCUGAAUCUCACAAAAGGACUAACUCAAGCAUUGCAGAAGGCCUUCAACGACAGCCAUAUGCUUGCACAGAUUGAAAGCUUGCAAGGUGUUAAUAAUGUAACUGUGGGUUACUAUGUAAGAAAUGACACAACUGUGUAUAUUGCUUCAGUAGUUGUAGAUGUUUUGAAUAAUUACGGCAUUGAUAAGAUGAUGAGUGACAUCAAGCAGUAUGUGGCUGAUGUGCAAUCUCUUCCCAUUCCUGUUGCUCCAUGGAUUUCUACUCCUGCUCUUUGGGCGCAACUGAAAACAGUCCUUAGGUUUGUAGGCCCUACAGACAACAUUCAGUCCUGCAGCUUUACUCAAACCAUGGAAGAAAGACUUCAAAAUGCAUUUGAAGAGGCCGAGGCAACAAUCCUAAAUGCACAUAAUAUUCUAUCUGUUCAGAUUCUGAGCACAUCCCAGUCAAUAGGAUCUCCAGCUGUCUCUUUGAUCUACGUGGUGUGGAAUCAGACAAAACUCCUGAAUGGAACAAUCUCCAGCUCCCUUCUCAAUCAGCUCACAGCGGAACUGGUUGGAUAUUACUUACUGUUUCCUCCGCUGAUAAUAGCAGAACCGCUGGAAUAUCAGAACCUUGACACUUCAUCAGCUACAACAGACUACUGGGUGAUUACAGUAAUUCAGGAUGUCAGUAACGCUUCUUUAGAGGAAAAUUAUCAAAGCUUUGCUAGUUUGAUGGAGCAACGUCUGGCGGAAUUAUUUGUUAAUGCUCAGAAUCAAGCAAGACGAUUUCGUAGAGCAACAACUGUGGGAAGCUACACAGUUCAGAUGGUGAGCAUCAAGCGCAUUGCAGGCCCUAAAAAUCCAGCAGAACUGACCUACUAUGUCCUUCAGAAUGGAACUCCACUGCUAGGCACAACUGCAGCUAAAAUACUGAGUACGGUGGACUCCCAAACUAUGGCGCUGACAUUAGGAUACUUUGUGCAACUUCAAGCUGAACCUGUGGUGAAGAAUCCUCCAAAUAACCUGUGGAUCAUUGCAGCAGUUCUGGCUCCUAUCGCUGUUGUCACUGUCAUUAUAAUCAUUAUAACUGCUGUACUGUGCCGCAAGAAUAAGAAUGACUUCAAGCCAGACACAAUGAGCAAUAUGCACUCUCGUGCAAAGCCAGUUCAAGGAUUUGACUAUGCUAAGCAACAUCUUGGGCAACAAGGAGGUGAAGAAGACACAAUUCCAGUGACACAAGAGACAGUAAUCUUACCACUGCCUGUGAGGGAUAUGCCCCUGUCCCAGGACAGAGGUAUUCUGAAAGAUGGAAGCAUUAGCAAAAUAGCAAUGUCCACUGACCUUCGGAAAAGCAGAUUGCCCAGUGAAGAUGAUUCAGUCAUGAGUAACGAAUCAGGAAAGCCCAUUUCUAACAGGAGCUCCCCUCAGAAAGUACUGAUGCAGCAGAAAAUGUCAAAAGAAGACUCAAAGAAGAGAAAUGGUUUAACAACAAAUAACAGAAUUGUGCCAAAGCUUGAUGGUGAAGAAGGAGCAAUCCUGUUUGAACGAGUAUCUAGGUCUUCAUAUGAUGCUUUUGAUACAUCUUCCGGGUCACUGCAGCUGAUUUCCAUCAGACCCUUGGCAGCACCACCCAGCUAUUCCCAUCCUGCCUCAGAGAGGAGCCAGGACUCUGCCAUCGUCAAUGGAGAAGUGAAUAAAGCUUUGAAGCAGAAAUCCGACAUUGAACAUUACCGCAACAAACUGAGACUGAAGGCAAAACGGAAAGGCUACUAUGAUUUUCCUGCCGUAGACAGUGGCAAAAAAUCCAUCACUCAAAAGCAAAAACAGGCUUAUGAAAAAGCACAAGCUGAGCUGGACAAAGUACUAAAUCCAGAAGAAGACCUGUCCUCUACUUAUGUAAAGUCCAAAACCAGACAAUCCCAAAUGAAGAACCCAUCAUACAGAAGUAGGCAAUCUCUCAACAGCCCCAGCCCAGGAGGAACUGAAAUGGACCUGCUUGUGACGAGGGAGAAGCCGAGGCGGGGCAUUCGAAACAGUGGGUAUGAUACAGAACCGGAGCUAAUAGAAGAGACCAAUGUUGACCAUAUCGGUGGGGAUCCCAGAGGUUAUACAAGAAGUCAACAAGUGAAAGGUCACUCAGAAACAUCCACUCUGAGCUCACAGCCAUCCAUUGAUGAAGUUCGGCAACAGAUGCAUAUGCUUCUAGAAGAAGCAUUUAGCUUAGCUUCUGCUGGGCAAUCUACCAACACACGGACUCAAGGUCCAUACAAUCCAGUUCAACAGCUGCCAUACUCUGAGGUGGUAACUAGUGCACCAGGGACUAUAAACCGAUCAAGAGGAGCAGUCCAGUGGGUACCUGCCUAUGGCUCUGAUACAUAUCAGUACAGCUUGCCAAGACCUGCCUUCAGGUUUUCCCAGCUUCCUGAAAUGGCAAUGGGUAGCUCUCCUCCCACGGUGCCACCUCCAGCUCCAGCUAGACCAACGAUAAUCACCUCUCUCCGACGAUCUACAUCAGAUAAUGGGACAAAAAAUCGGCCUACUGAUCAUCCUGGCCCAGAGCAACAAAAUCCACAUGAUGCUGCCUCAUUUGUUCCUAUUGUUCGACCUCCAGGACCAGCUGUCUCUGUGGACCAACCCAUUUCUAACUACUCAGGAAACCCAGCACCAGCAGUCUAUGCCAUACCAGCAGCUCGACCUGGGUUCACGGGCUACUUUAUUCCAACCCCUCCAAUGUACAGAGGAUCAGCCUGGAUGCCAUAUUCAACAGAAAGUGAUGCAUCAAGCCAGUGGGCAGAAGCUGUUCCUCUCCCAGGUUAUGUUGAAGCUUAUCCUCAUUCUCGGUACCAACAGAACACUCCGCCUCGAAUUCCACGGCAGUAUAGCCAGACAGCAGCAUUACACCCUUCUUUGGACCAAGUGCCAACCCCUUCCACUGCGGCCUCCCAGCAGAGUCUGACUGAAAAUGAUACUUCAGAGGCAUCCCUUACCAACAUCUCAACAGCAGCUCUUGUCAAGGCAAUAAGAGAAGAAGUGGCCAAACUAGCCAAGAAACAGACAGAUAUGUUUGAAUUCCAAGUUUAAUGACGUUCAUUAUCAACAGCAAUAGCUUUCCAAUUUGGAAACUCCUCUGUUUCACAAAGAACAGUGAAAGGCCUGUAGUAUCCUGAUGGUUUGGACUUUUGUGAAAAUUGAUUCACUUUGGUGGAGAGUUCAUUGAUUCUUUUAUCAUUUACUAAAACACAUGACAUUAACAGCCAAAAACUAUUUUUUUUUCCUAUAUUAGACUUUCAACAGUUUUAAAGUAAAGACUAUGGAAAAUCUGUAAAUUGUGCUGAUGGCAGGGCUAUUUGCCUUUGACGUCAAAGAGAGGUAGUUGUAACUUCCACAAGAGCUCCUUCCCAUUAUCACAAUACUAGAAAAUAAUACACAUCAGGGAACUGCAAAGGUUUACGCAAUUAAAUUGAUUAACGUGACAUUUCAAUUGAAAAAAAAUGCAUAUUUGUAGUUAUUUCUGUACAUAUGAACAGUUCAUAAAUAAGGCAUUUAGUUUAACCAAAUUGAUUAGUUGUGUUGGUUAAAGCAAAUGACUGCAAGUCUCAUUCUAAUUCUCAGUGUUAAGUUAAAAAUUACACUAUAAAAUUUACUUCUGCAAAAGCUUAAAUUUUUCCCACUGACAAUAUGUUCCCUGUUUAGGUCUUUCAAAAGGAAAACAACAGUAUGUUCAAUGUCUCUUCUCUCUGAAAGGUUUAAGUCUAGUAAUCAAACGUUUUGAGAAGGAAGGCUAUUUUAAAACUAAAAAUGGUUAAAGAAACUGUGAAAAUCUGUCAAUUUCAUUUAUGAAAGUAAUUUCCUUUCAGAAAAAAAAUAUUUUUAAUGUGUAAUUAAGAAAUGUAUUUCCAAAUGGCCCAAUAAAAGUGUUAAUUUGCAAUA